ACCUGAAAAAUCUAAAAAUGUUCCAAAAAUCCACAAUUGUCAUGAUUUUUGCCCUUUUCUGUAUUUCAUCGUGUCAAGUUAUAUAUACUCCUGAAGUUGUAUCAUCUCCAUAUUAUUAUGCUUCAUCUCCAGUUGCUUCUGCUUAUCCAUAUGCUUAUGCUUAUGGAGCUGCUGCUUAUCCAACUGCUUAUUACGGAUGGGGAUCUAAUAUGGGACAACAAGCACCAUCUUCUGCUCCAACUCAGAAAUUGACAAAUAAUCAGUAAAGAGAUCUCUAAUUCUGGAAUAUGUGUACUAUACGAACCACCGAAUAAACAUUUUGAAGCUGAUUUGUGGCAGGUUUUGCUAAUCAUCAGCUUUAUUUUAAA